ACACCAGUUGCGCGCGGUUUCUCUAAGGAGCCAUUCGGCGUCCGCGUCAAACGAGAAAAACACGCACCAUAGCUAAUAGAGAAUACAAAUCAGAUUUCGAACGUUCGCGUUCCAAAUUUGAAAAUUUUAUUUGUAUUUCUUUUAUUUUAAGGCGUUUUAGGGAUUUAAAAUGAGGAGCGGGUGGCCAGUGUUGGUGGUGUACGUGUUUGUGUGCCUUCAGUGCAGUUUGCAGUUGAUACCGUUACCGGACUUCAUCCACCCAUGCUCCGAGCUGUCAGACGAAUGCUUCACGCAGGCCACACUCGACGCCAUCCCCGGACUGGUGAAGGGCAUCCCGGAGGCCAACAUCCCGUCCCUGGACCCGCUGUACCUGGACAAGAACAUCAGCAUGAACCUGCCAGGCAAUGUCAAGAUGACCUUCCAUAAUGGCAGACUGAUCGGACUUAGUACAUGCGUGCCGCUCAAAGUUUCGUCUCGGCGGGAGACCCGCAAGUUCAUCUUCGACAUCCGCUGCAACUUCACCAUCAAGGGCCACUACAGCCUGCAGGGCAGGAUCCUGCUCUUCAACCUGGACACCGAUGGCAACGCCAAGAUCAAAAUAUGGAACCAGCGCAUCCGCCUGGAGGUAUUGGAAAAAGUGGUGAUGGACAAAACAACUGGCGAGGGGCACUACAAGAUCAACUCGUACAAGUACAAGGCUGACUACGGCACAGACCUCAAGCUCAACCUCACUAACUUGUUCCGAGGAAGCGCUGAAAUCAGUGCAAACAUCCUUCAAGUCCUCAACCAGAACUCUCAGCUGGUAGCCCAAGAGUUCGGUGGCCCGAUCCUAGAAUACGCCAUCGAUUACGCCAUGAACGUGACCCAACGUUUCUUCAGCGCCUACACGUACCAGCAGAUCUACGUACCCAUCACGCCCGAGUUCUUUGAGAAGGAAAAGAAAUAGAUACAAAGUCAUACAUAAGUAAUAAAGUAUAUUUGCACGAGCAGAAAACCGUACAAAAUGGAGCCACAAAUGCUACAACACUUGAUGUCAAUGGAACAUUCUAAUAUUGUCUAAUGUUGACAUUGUAUAAUUUUGUCUAUGUUGAACGGUACAUUUUUUGGGAGUUACUUCUCUUUGUGGCAUAUGAUAAAUUCAAUAACUAUGCCAAAAAUCAUUAAUUUCAAGCGUCUAUACAAUUUCUAACUCUCGAAAUAAUAUUAUUCGGAACAAAGCUCUCCAAUCCAAUGGAUUGCUCCGUAUGCUUUUCUUAGUAUACCUAAUGCUUACCAUAUUAACUGUGUAAUAUUUUGGGGUAGCACAAGUAAGAAGAAUCGAAAUUAAUUGUAGUCUUGAUGCUCCUCAAUACUCUAUUUUUGCUCAUGCUUGAGCUUUUGCGAAAUUUGGUUAUUCUUUUUUUCGAACUGUCUAGUAAUAGUAAAGUAAAAGAUGUAGAAACGUGCCUUGUCUUUAAAUCAUUUGCUUUGGUAACGUUGGCGUACUUACAUGACAUUUAAAAGACAUUUGCUCAAUUUGAUGAUGAUCAAUGAUCACUAAAUCAUCGUACUAUGUACGUCUAACCUAGCAUUCUACAGUGUUUGUGUGAUAUUUAAGUUUACUAAUAUAAUUUAUUUUAUAUUGUUUUUAUACUUUUGGGAUACAAUGCAGGGGUUUGGAAACAACUGACUGCUUUUUAGAUACGAUUGUUUGUAAACUGGUGUACCUGCUUACAUUUUGAAUACAUACUUUAGUAUUAGGUUA